AUGUUAUGUGCUACGGAAGAUCUAGUGAGUGGACUAGCUAGGGAGGGAUUGAAGGAGACUGUAUCGGAGAGACUUCUAAAAGUAACUAGUAACAUCGAUAUGGCUCGUUAUCUCUCUGUUGAUUUGGACCUGCCGCGAUCCACAUCACACUUAUCGUUUUGGACCAAAGAGCGAAAUGUGGCACGAAGAAUGGAAAGUAUAAUUAGCAUCAGAUGGAUAUUGCAUCGUGGAUGCUGGAGAUGUGGAUACAUGGCGCCAGAGGAAAAGCGUUACUCCCGAAAAAUAGUUUCACAGUACUGCAGUGAAUGUGACCCUGAUCACGGGGUGAGCCCAAGGAGGAUGGAGCGAUGGCGUAGUAAUAGGAUACGAAGAGACUUGGGCCUGACUAAUAACUCACCACCUGAAUGCUCAUCACCCCAUCAACCAUUAUCACCUCCUCGAGUUGUUAAUUCAGGGACACCGAUGCGAUCUACAGACAACUUGAAACUACGAUAUUUUCUCUAA